AUUUCCUUUUUUGCCCCUUUUUUGCCCUAGCCCAAUUUAUUUUCUCAUUGCUUGGCGCAGCGAAAGCAGACAAUUUGCCAAGCGCUCAAGUCUCAAGCUCUUCAUCCACUGUUUGCACGGUCCAGGCACGCUAGUCUUUUGGUCGGUGCUGCCCAGAAACGCACUCCAGCUGUCAAGCUCGCCAAUCCAUUUCCGAUGGCAAGCGCUUGGACAAAUAUGAGCUUUGCAAUCAUACAUAGGGAUAUAGAGAGGGAGUGGGAGAAUCAUUUUGGAGUUAUGGGUAUUAUUUUUUAUUAUUGGAGAUUCUUGCUCACUCUCAGAAGAUCUAUACAUCUGCUAAAAUUCUGGAGAGGAUGAGGAGAUCAAAUUUUAUUUCAAUAUAAAUAUUGCUUUGGAGCAUCUUGGAGCAAAUGAGCAAUGGAGCUUGUGGAGCACGGCUCACCUCAAGGAUUGCUCUCUUGGUUUGCUUCAUAGUUUGGUUUUGAUUUUCUUUUGAUAUUGUCAACAGGGUGCAUGCAGAUGAUAAUUGGACUCCAAAGUUGCAGCGUUAUUCUCUUUUACAAAAUGUUGGAUUAAUCACUUACGAGAAUUCAUUCCUUGAAUGCAGUAAAAAGUUUGCAGCCGGAGUCUUCUGUUGUCAAAUAUGAGUGGUCGAUUUUCUCGCACAAUCUACGUUGGCAACCUACCCUCAGAUAUAAGAGAAUCAGAGGUUGAAGAAUUGUUCUAUAAGUAUGGCCGCAUAGUGGAUAUUGAAUUGAAGAUUCCACCUCGCCCUCCGUGUUAUUCGUUUGUUGAGUUUGAGAGUUCUCGUGAUGCAGAGGAUGCAAUCAGAGGGCGUGAUGGGUAUAACUUUGACGGUUGCCGUUUAAGGGUGGAGCUUGCCCAUGGUGGUAGGGGCCCAUCUUCAAGCGAUCGUCGUGGUGGAUAUGACAGAGGCAGCAGUGGUGGAGGUAGCGGUGGCGGUCGCUUUGGUGCUUCACGUCAUUCUGAAUAUAGGGUUAUUGUUCGUGGCCUCCCUUCUUCUGCUUCAUGGCAAGACCUGAAGGACCAUAUGCGAAAAGCUGGUGAUGUGUGUUUUGCUGAGGUUUCUCGUGACAGCGAAGGGACUUAUGGUCUAGUUGAUUAUACCAAUUCUGAUGACAUGAAAUAUGCUAUUCGGAAACUUGAUGAUACAGAAUUUAAAAAUCCUUGGACAAGAUCUUAUAUUCGGGUUAAAUUGUACGAGAGCAGUCCGUCAAGGAGCCGGAGUAGAAGUCGUAGCAGAAGCAGAAGUGUGAGAAGGAAUCAGAGUAAGUCUCGGGACCGAUCCGUCUCAAGAUCAGUAUCAAGAUCUAGGUCUGCAUCACCUGUCAAAUCCUCCAGGCCAAGAUCAAGGUCAGGGUCAGAAUCUCCCCGUCCGGUGCGGUCGGGUAGCGGCUGAUCCUCUGGCAAGUCAUCCUCACGCCAUCCUUGGUGUUAGAUGCAAAGAUUUUUCGUAAUUAAGAAACCUUAAUUGGCUUAUUAUGGCCAGUAUGUGUGGUUUUGAUAAUGCCUAGUGAUUAUACUAUGGAAUGGUUAUUACGUUUGUUGUUCUCGAGAGUACUAGGGGUUUUAUCGUUUGGUUUUUUUUCUUGUUUGGUCGUUUUGAUUCUAUGUGCCUGAAACAAGACGUAACCUUAUUGGUAUGAAGGUUGGGACGCUAACUUUAUUUUAAGCUAUACCAUUUUGGAACCUAUUGGUAUGAAGGUUGUGACACUAAAUUUA